AUGGUGGUGAACAACCCAAACAAUUGGCACUGGGUCGAUAAAAAUUGUAUUGAUUGGUCUAGAAAAUAUUUCAAUGAGAAGUUAGUCGGUUUAUCGGCAUCUUCUGGUAACAAUAAUGUCUCUGUAAGUUCGGUUUCAUCAGUUGAAGGCGAUGUGGAAGUUUGCCAGCGCAAAGGAAAAGUUAUUUCUUUGUUCGAUUUGAAGCUCACAUUGAAUAUUGAAGGAUCAACAGCUAAGAGUAAGGAAUUUAAUGGGUCAAUUAUCAUUCCAGAAUUAGCUUACGAUUCCACUGAGGAUGACUUGCAGUUUGAUAUAAACAUCUAUAAUGAAGACAGCGAAACGGAGGGCAUGAGAUCAUUUAUCAGAUCCCAUUUGGUUCCCAAAUUGAGAGAUAUUUUGUCAAACUUCGGCAGCGAUCUAAUUUCUAUACAUAGCUCUGAUAUUCAAUUGGCGUCCGAUAAAGUUAAUUCCACAUAUACUAAAGGGAAUCAAGAGAAAGAGAAAAUUCCAACUAUUGAUGCUGCUACAACGACCAAGGCUACUUCUCUGGCCAAACAAGAACAAGGAGCUGAAUCAAAGUCGGCAACCACAUCGAACGCUCCCAAAUAUAAUACCUCAACACUUCAUUUAGAGCCCACUUUUAAUACAACAGCUGAGCAGCUAUAUGCAACAUUGUUGGAUGAAGCUAGAAUUCUGGCCUGGACCAGGUCUCAGGUUUCAAUUGCGAAAUUUCCACCACCUGAGAAAUCUACAUUCAAAUUAUUUGGGGGUUCUGUUAGUGGAGAAUUCCUCAAAUUGGUACCCAAUGAGCGAAUUCUUCAACUGUGGAGAUUAGAGGACUGGAAGACAGGACACUACGCUAAAUUGGAUAUUCAACUUGCUCAAGGUGCUGGCGAAACCAAAAUGAUUGUUAAAUGGUCAGGUAUUCCGGUUGGCGAGGAAGAAAGAGUGAAGGAAAACUUCGAAAAUUACUAUGUAAGAUCAAUCAAGAUCACUUUCGGUUUUGGUGCAGUUUUAUAA